CGGGGGAUCCCUCCGCCGCCAGCGCGUGGUCCCGGCCCCCUCCACCCGCCGUCUCGGCCGCGGCCAGCAGCCCCUGCCCCCCGGGGGACGCUGACGGCCGCCGGGCGCGCCGCCCUAGCAUACGGACAGGGGGCGCUCCGAGCGGCCUGGGGCAACCCGGGCCACAGGGGCAGGAAAGUGAGGGCCCAGGUCGGCCCGGGCGUGCAGGGGCCCCGGGUUCGCAGCGGCGGCGGCGGCGGCGGCAGCGAUAGAGGCUCUAGCAGCAGCGGGAGUGCCGGGUUGAGCCGGGAAGCCGAUGGCGGCGGCGGCGGCGGCUCCGAUUCCUCGCUGACUGCCCGUCCGCCCUCCUGCAUUGAGCGCCAUGUUACCGAGCCAAGCUGGGGCCGCGGCGGCGCUGGGCCGGGGCUCGGCCCUGGGGGGCAGCCUGAACCGGACCCCGACGGGGCGGCCGGGAGGUGGCGGCGGCGGCGGCGGCGGCGGCGGGACUCGCGGGGCUAACGGGGGCCGGGUUCCCGGGAACGGCGCGGGGCUCGGGCCGGGCCGCCUCGAGAGGGAGGCUGCAGCAGCAGCGACAACCACCCCGGCGCCCACCGCGGGGGCCCUCUACAGCGGCAGCGAGGGCGACUCGGAGUCGGGUGAGGAGGAGGAGCUGGGCGCGGAGCGGCGCGGCCUGAAGCGGAGCCUGAGCGAGAUGGAGCUCGGCGUGGUGGUCGGUGGGCCCGAGGCGGCGGCGGCGGCCACCGGGGGCUAUGGGCCGGUGAGCGGCGCGGUGAGCGGGGCCAAGCCGGGUAAGAAGACUCGGGGCCGCGUGAAGAUCAAGAUGGAGUUCAUCGACAACAAACUGCGGCGCUACACGACCUUCAGCAAGAGGAAGACGGGCAUCAUGAAGAAGGCCUAUGAGCUGUCCACGCUGACAGGGACACAGGUGCUGUUGCUGGUGGCCAGUGAAACAGGCCAUGUGUAUACCUUUGCCACCCGCAAACUGCAGCCAAUGAUCACCAGUGAGACUGGCAAGGCACUGAUUCAGACCUGCCUCAACUCGCCAGACUCUCCACCCCGUUCAGACCCCACCACAGACCAGAGAAUGAGUGCCACGGGCUUUGAAGAGACAGACCUGACCUACCAGGUGUCGGAGUCCGACAGCAGUGGGGAGACCAAGGACACACCGAAACCCGCGUUCACAGUCACCAACCUGCCGGGUACCACCUCUACCAUCCAAACAGCACCCAGCACCUCUACCACCAUGCAAGUCAGCAGCGGCCCCUCCUUCCCCAUCACGAACUACCUGGCACCAGUGUCUGCUAGCGUCAGCCCCAGCGCUGUCAGCAGUGCCAACGGGACUGUGCUGAAGAGUACAGGCAGUGGCCCUGUCUCCUCCGGAGGCCUCAUGCAGCUGCCUACCAGCUUCACCCUCAUGCCCGGUGGGGCAGUGGCCCAGCAGGUCCCAGUGCAGGCCAUUCAGGUGCACCAGGCCCCACAGCAAGCGUCUCCCUCUCGCGACAGCAGCACAGACCUCACGCAGACCUCCUCCAGCGGGACAGUGACAUUGCCCGCCACCAUCAUGACGUCAUCCGUGCCCACAACUGUGGGCGGCCACAUGAUGUACCCUAGUCCCCAUGCGGUGAUGUAUGCACCCACCUCGGGCUUGGCUGAUGGCAGCCUCACCGUGCUCAAUGCCUUCUCCCAGGCGCCAUCCACCAUGCAGGUGUCCCACAGCCAGGUCCAGGAACAAGGUGGUGUCCCCCAGGUGUUCCUGACGGCACCAUCUGGGACAGUGCAGAUCCCUGUUUCUGCAGUUCAGCUUCACCAGAUGGCUGUGAUAGGGCAGCAGGCUGGGAGCAGCAGCAACCUCACCGAGUUACAGGUGGUGAACCUGGACGCCGCCCACAGCACCAAGAGUGACUGAUCCGCCCUGCCGCCCUGGACAGAUGGCCCAAGGGAUGGCACCACUUAUUUAUUGUUGCCUUUUCACGUUUUCUUUACACACACGUUGACGGGCCGCAGGAGGGAGGCAGGGAGGAGGAGUGGGCAGCCACGGGACUGAGCCCUCUCACUCCAGCCAAAGAAAUGGGCCAGCCUGCCCUCCACCCCGUCCUCCCUCACCCUCCCCUCCUAGCUCCACCUCCCAUUUUCUGUUGAUGGUGGGGCUGUCCUCCCUCCUCAGACUCCCCUUGCCAGCUUGGCUCCAUGUUUGCCAUGAGUAUUAGCUUAUCCAAUGGGACCGUGCCCCACCUUCCCACACAUAGGCCUCUGUGGGACUAGGCACCGUGUUCCCCCUGAGGAAGCAGUUGGGGUCCUCUCCCAGCCUUGCUGACUCUGUGUCAGCCCUGUGUCUGUCACAGGCUGGACAAAAAGAGCCCUACCCCUGCCCCUCAGGGAGCCACCUGGGGAGAUGGGGCUUCUUCCCUCACGCUGCCGCCCCGUUGUCUCUGCAGCUCCUGAGAACUGGGCCUGUGCACAGAGCAGGGUUCUGGGGCCAUCUGCCCUGCCCUGCCUUGCCAAUCCCCUUGGGACUCCAGGGACUCCCAGGUUGGAGGGAACCACCAGUGUUCCCUCUCACCCUGUCUUCCCCCCCUCUCCUCCCAGCUGCUUUACUUAAAGUUGAUUUUGAACUUUUUAUUUGAGGAGACGAAGUGAAAACAAAUCUAUAAAUAUAUAUUUUUAAAAUAUUUAAA